UCUGGCCAGCCCUUGGACGCCCCCUCAGAUGAAUGGGACCGGGGAUGACUGAGAACUACAGCUCUUGGGCUGGCCGCGUUGGUGGCAGCCGCGGAAGAAGAGUGGACCGAGACGGCCCUCGGGCAACGAACAGCGGGCGGUGGUGAUGUUCAGUGAGGGCUUACUAGGGUAGCGAUCUAGAAGGGCGCUCUGCGCGCUCGCACCCUGUGCCUCCCACCGGCCAUGCGCCCGGCCUUCGCGGUGGGCCUGGUGUUCGCAGGCUGCUGCAGUAAUGUGAUCUUCCUAGAGCUGCUGGCCCGGAAGCACCCAGGAUGUGGGAACAUCGUGACAUUUGCACAGUUCUUAUUUAUUGCUGUGGAAGGCUUCCUUUUUGAAGCUGACUUGGGAAGGAAGCCACCAGCUAUCCCAUUAAGGUACUAUGCCAUCAUGGUGAUCAUGUUCUUCACUGUCAGCGUGAUGAACAACUAUGCCCUGAACCUGAACAUCGCCAUGCCCCUGCAUAUGAUAUUCAGAUCAGGCUCCCUGAUUGCCAACAUGAUCCUAGGAAUUAUCAUUUUGAAGAAAAGAUACAGUAUGUUCAAGUACACCUCCAUUGCCCUGGUGUCUGCAGGGAUAUUUAUUUGCACGUUCAUGUCUGCAAAGCAGGUGACUUCCCAGUCCAGCUUGAGUGAGAAGGAUGGAUUCCAGGCAUUUGCAUGGUGGUUACUAGGCAUUGGAGCACUGACCUUUGCCCUGCUGAUGUCAGCGAGGAUGGGCAUAUUCCAAGAGACUUUAUACAAACAAUUUGGGAAACACUCCAAGGAGGCAUUAUUUUAUAAUCACGCCCUUCCACUUCCUGGUUUCAUCUUCUUGGCCUCUGAUAUUUAUGAUCAUGUCGUUCUGUUCAAUAAGUCUGAACUCUAUCAGAUUCCAGUCAUCAGUGUGGCUAUGCCCAUCAUGUGGUUCUACCUCCUCAUGAAUGUUGUGACUCAAUACGUGUGCAUCCGGGGUGUGUUCAUCCUGACAACAGAGUGCACCUCGCUCACCGUCACGCUGGUUGUGACUCUGCGCAAGUUUGUGAGCCUCAUCUUUUCCAUCCUGUACUUCCAGAACCCGUUCACUCUGUGGCACUGUCUGGGCACCUUGUUUGUCUUCAUUGGGACCUUAAUGUACACAGAGGUGUGGAAGAACUUAGGGACCACAAAAAGUCAGCUGCCGAAGGACGACAAGAAGGACUGAGGUCUGCCAGGGACAGACAGCAGUGUUACGUGGUAGAGGCCUCGGGCGCAUUUCACUUUGGUUAAUGCGAGAUUACCACAGUAUUGAACCCAGCGGCCAGAGCAUCUGGGAAGGAUGAGACGCAUCUGCUUUUCCUGGCCGCCAGACAGCGUUUGUAGACUCCGCAUAGGCAUCCCUGAGACAGAAUAAACAACACAGACAAGGCUACCAGGCAGACUCUUGGGUAGCCUCUGCAUUUGCUUUCCUGUUUGUGUGCCAGAACAUCAGAACCACACUUGUUGAAUUCCAGGUCCUCCGAGCCACUAGUUUUCCACCCAUGCAAUGGCCUUAGAUAAGGCCAUGCCCUUGUUGCUACUGACGGUGUUAUUGUGACAGCCAUUACCCUUCUGUAGCUGUGUACCUCUUUCCCCAUCACCUCUCCACACUUCAGCACUUUACAGUGUAGCCCAUGUUCCAGGCACAGUCGGGCACUGAGGGAUCCGGUGGGCAUGUGACAAAUUAGACCCCGGGAGUGGUGCGGCUGAACUCCCUCCAGUGCGCUGGGAAAGAGGCGGAGCCCUGGUGGUGCGUGGCUGGAUGCUGCUGAUGCUGGAGCAUCACUUUAGUAUUUUAAUCAGUGCAAGGACCACAUGCUUCCUCCACCUGCUGCUUUCUGGGCUGAGAGCGGUCCCGCAGCGCUCGUGGCAUAUGAGAAAGGAAGAAAGGUUGGGAGCGGAUUGAGAAGAGGGAGACCUUCAUCCAUCUCCCAUAUGAAGCUCCUCAGCCGGUUACAGACAUGGUGACGGAAGCAUGACCCAGCACAGCUCACUCCAUCAGCGCCCUGAGACAGUUGUCCCGUGAAGCCACACACACUCAUUUUUCAGGUGUGCCUGUGACAAGCUUUAAGGCCCGGUAUUUAGUAUUUAGAAGGCACCUCUUCCUGUCACUCUGAGAGCCGCCACCUGUCGAAUCACUGACGAGUAGAUUGAUAUACAGGUGUGAGUGUGAUGUAUGAAUCAGGUCAAAGCCCGCUACCAGAGUGAGGUCUUGUUUUCCCAUAGAUAUCAGACUGUUCCUGAUGGGUGUGGCUAGGAGGUUGCAUGUGAGCAGAACAUGUUUACAUACAGAAACACACCUCCUUUCUGCUGAUUGUUCUGAAGGUCUGGUUUUCCUGUCAUGGAUAAUCUUGAGAAUGAGUAACCCUGUCAGAUAGUGUGUGUGUGUGUGUGUGUGUGUGUGUGUGUGUGUGCGUGCGUGUGUGCGUGUGUGCGCGCGCGCGCUUGUAUGUGCCCUCAGCUGGACUGUAUGUGACUGAAGAGUGUGUUGUUUUAGUUCCUCUUUUCUCCACUUAGACUGAGACCCUCAUUAACCUCACCUAGCUGCCGGCUCCUCGGCAAGCAGCUAAACUCACUGUUUCUCUUGCGUAUAGACAAAGGCCUUUCAUCCUUUUGCUGUGUGCAGACUGUGCUCUCAAACUGAGACGUGGCUCUCCACGUUUCUUAGACUCACUUUAGUUCUUUAUCCCAUUGUCUGAAGAUUCUUUGAUGGGUCUGAACGGCAGCAGUAAAGAGAAGUGCCCCAGUCCUCCGGGUCCCUGGGGAAGGCAGUUAAAACUGCCUUGCUUUUUUGUUACAUUAAAUACAGGUACUGAUUCUCCACCUAAGUCCCCAGGUUUACAGACUGAUUUGUCGUUCCAGCCAUUCACAACUUCCCUGUGCUGGUAAUGCUCUAUUCACAAAGAUGCCGAAUUAGAUGCGAACCCCAUUCAUGGACCCAGAAACUCCUUGACUGCUUUGAAAUAUGUGGGGUCGCUUGGCCCAGCCUUGCUAUAAAUACCAAGUGUUAAAUGUUCCCUUAAAAGGCUGGAAUAAAGUGGUCUCUCCUUCAUGUGUAACAGGAGAAUCUGCCCCUGAGGCUCCAUUCUGAUUACUCCUAACAGGACCCAGCCUUCAGUUCCCCAGCGCUCUCCUCUCCAUCCCGCGAGAGUGAGGCACUUCGUAGUUACCUGAGACUGGCUGACUCAGACAGGACUGAACCGGACCCGCCAUUUCACAACGUCUGUCCCUCUUAAUACGAAUACUUUGUGAGUCUUAUUAGAGGAGAUGUAGGGACAAAUAAGAGGUCAGAGCACUCACAAAACAAAAUGUUCAGCUGAAAGGACAGAGCACACAAGGGCCCCAGCCUGCUUCCUCCUACGCUCUAGUUAGAUAGAAGAAAAUGGAUCUAACAGACACUGCUUACACUUUUGUAGAAUUGCUGUUGCAAAGGUUUUUUUGCUUUAAUUUUCAUUGUAUAUUUUCAUUGCACAUGGUCCUGUGGGGGACAUUUUCAUACGACUGAGCACAUCCUCCCCCCACUAACCCCCUUCCCCCCUCCUGUCUGCCUGUUAGGCCCCUUUCUUCCUCUGUACAGUUUUGCUUCUGCCUUCAGAUCACAUAUACAUCCGUGAUUUUGUGUCUCUACACAAAGUCUAGGAACUGCAAAUGAGAGAACAAUCUGAUGUUUGUCUUUCCUACCCUGGCUGAAUUUGCUUACUAGGAUUCAUCUCCAAAUCCAUUCAUAAAAUCAUUCUUUAAAAAGCUGUUCCUCUGGCCUGGUUCCUUUUUCCAUGCAGAUUGUAACAAUUUUAAAGGGGGCAAAUAAGCCAUCUCAUCAAGGCCAGAGUCACUGGAUGUAGAGAUAUGUCUACUAAACAUCCUUGUUCUUUCAGCUUCAGGAACAUCAUGUAGUGCAACUCAGGGUAGGGCUUAAUACGUAGUGUACUUUAGAGCAAGAGUCAGCCAGGAAGUGUACUGUUUCUGCGUGCCCACGCAACAGCCUGACUGGUGUGUUUGCCGAGGUGGCGGGAGAGGACGGUGGGUUCUUGAGUUAUAUUUAAUCCCUGCGUCUCCUAUAACCAACAUACUUUUGUAAAUGCUAUCUUUAUCACUGUUAUUAGAAAUGUCGUUUCAGAUUUUGAACUUUUUUCUUGCAGUACUGAGGAUCAAACCCAGGGUUCCAUACAUAUUGUGGGUUCUUUUAUUUUCUUUUCAUCCGACUAAAACAACCAACAACACACUAGCUAGAGGUAUAUACAGUUCAGUUCAUGGUGGGAUUUGGUGUGUGUUUCCUUUUCCCUUCUUCCCGCCUAGUUGACCAAAGCACAGCACUGCAGUUCCCUGCCAGGGUGGUCGGUGUCCCCAUAGCUCCCUCUUCUGGGAGAAGCACAUGAUAGUUGCAAGGGUUCUCAACCUUUGUACCCCUCUUCCUCCCUUCUGGGGCCAGGCUUUGGUUUUUGCAGUUUUCUUCCUAGCUGUACCCCGGUCCCUUACUGCGCCUGCAUUCCCUUUGCUAUUUCCUACUGAGCAAUACCUGUCAUUCUUGCUCAUGCCUCUGUUCUUUGGGGCCUCUUGAUAUCUUUUUAGGAGUUUUAUAGGGUGUUUAUAUCUGUCCAGCAUGUUUUAUGUGGUGUUCCUGUAAGCAAGCAUUGCUGUAAAAGUGCAGUGUAUAGGGAACAUGGCAGAGUGUUUAAAGGGCAUGUGAACACGGAAGCUUUGUCUCAGCUGUCUGCAUAUUCUUUUCCAGCUCAGCCCAAGAGCAGAGAAUCCCUGCCAUCUUCCCUGCUACCUGCCCCUUCUUACUUGAUUCCUUUUAGCCUAGAGAUGGGGAAGGGGAAACGCAAAGUCAGGGAUAAUUCUAAAUCAGUGAAUUAGCUGCGGGUGGUGGAAAUGAUGUCGGAGAACCAGUUUGAGUGAACCUGAGCAGGUAGACACGUGCGCUCGGAGAAAACCACAUUGUAGAGAUCUGAAACUAAGGUCCUCUCUGCGGCUAGAAGUAGAUAGAAUUAGGAGGAAUUCUGCUCCUGCUAGAUCAACAAAGCGUUUUGGUCUCAGUUGGCUUUCUGCUGAAGUUGUUGACCGAAUCUUGUCUGUGGCAGCUCAUGCUAACAUUGAGAGAACUGCCAGUGUAGAGAAAUGUGCUCAUUUUCCCUAUUGGUUGGUGUAAUGUUUGGAAAUAAACAAUAUUUAGGUACAUA